UCGUCUCUAUUCAGGUCUCUCUCUCUCUCUCUCUCUCUCUCUCUCUCUCUCUCUCUUAGAUUACAAAAAAUGCAAGAUCAAGACUCUACAGUGUCGUUUUGUCCCAGCUUCAAUAGUUAUUCUUCUAAUCAUCAACUAGCAGAUAUCGCGGCUAAAGUCACCAAAGAAGAACGGCAAGGAAAUGAGUUUUUAGAAGAAGCGAGUAUUUUCACUGUGCCCAGGCACCCAAACGGCGGCGUAGAAGAAAGCAGCAGCAGCGAUGAAGACGAAAACGACGACGAUUUUGAAUUCGUUUUAGUUCGCGCAAAUCCUGACGGAAAUGAAACGGCUUUUCCGAUUUUCCCGCUCUUUAACCGAGAUCUUUUGUUAGAUUAUGAAAAUAACAAGGAAGAACACCACGAUCACGGUGACAUGAUUCGGUUACCGUUAAAGAAACUGUUUAAUGACGAUCGAGAUCCUCCGUCAUCGUCAUCAUCAUCAUCAGAGGCGGACGAAUUAGAAGGAGUUUCACCGGGAACAUAUUGUGUUUGGACGCCGUCGAAAUUCUCAUCAUCGCCAUCGCCAUCGCCGUCGAGAUGCAAGAAGAGUAAUUCUACUGGAUCAUCGUCGAAGCAACAACGAUGGCGAUUACGAGAUUUAUUGCAUCUUAAAAGAAGUAGUAGUGACGGCAAGGAGUCAUUUAUAUUUUUGAAUACAGAUCAUAAUAAUAAUAAUAAUAAUAAUAACAAGAAAUUAGAGGAGAAGAUUGAGAAAAGCAAAAGCAUUAAAGGGAAAGGGAAAGACAAAAUAGCGUCGGCGCAUGAAGUGUUUUAUGUGAGGAGCAAGGCACUGAAGGAAGGAGAUAAGCGAAGGUCUUAUUUACCUUACAGGCAAGGAUUGGUGAGGUGAUUUUUUUAUCUUCAUGGCAAGUAAAAAGAAAGGAUGGAUACCUCCUAAAUAAGGAAAAACAGUGGUGAGGCUACGGGCAGACAUUUGAAGUAGGCAUUUAAUGGGAUGUUCCGGUGAGAAAGCGACUAAUUUAUUGAUACUGCACGCCUAAUUUGCGGUUAUGGGCAUGAAAAUUGCACCUCUUUUAUCUGACUUGGCACUGUUGAUGACCCAAUUUCUCAGUUGUUACUUCCACAUCAAGGAGACAGGCAUGUGAUUCUCAUUUAAUAUAUGCACGUGGUCCAUCUCUGGAGUAGAAUUAAUUAAUGAACUCCUAAAUUUGAUAUUUUCAAAAUUCUUAUACGUUUAUUUCUGGGACUGGAAUCAAACCGAGCUUAGUGGAACAUUAAUAAGUUAGAAAUUUAGUUUGUUUAAUUUUAGCAAAGGUUAGGAGUUUGGCUCGAAUUCAAUUCAAGCUUUUAUAAUAGAGUUUGAGCUCGAUUUGUUUGAAAAUAAUUAGACUCACAAACAGUUCGAGCUCGAUUUGUAAUUAACUCAGUCGGAUAAAUAGUUCGAGCUCGAUUCAAAUUUAAUUAAUUAAGUGGUUGAAUAAUAAAAAAAAUUUGAGUUCGAGUUCGUUAAAUACAAUUUCAGUUCGAACUCAAAUUUAUUAAAA